AUGACCGAACCAUCGUUUUCGGAACCAGAACCAAUGUCGGAAUUGCAGGCCGAGCCAGAGCCGCUCAGCAACGGAUCAUCAUUAGCCGAACCAUCCAUGGAAGUAGGCGUCCAAGUUUUUCUUGUCAUAAUAGCCGUUAUCAUCGUGAUUGUUGGCAUUGUUGGUAACGUUCUUGUCAUCGUUGUUAUGGGUAGUAUAAAAACCGGUCGGACCGUUACUGACAUAUUUUUGGCAUCGCUUGCCGUGGCUGAUGUAAUAGUGUGUGUCGUGUGUGUACCUCUAUUGAUCGUCGGGAUAACAACCCACGAAGGCCAUACAGGGUUAUCCUACAACGUCGAACAGUUUUUAUUUUACUUCGCCACGAUGUCGUCAAUUCUCAAUCUCACCACGAUCGCCGUUGAUCGACACGACGCCGUCCUUCACCCACUGUCAAGAAAAAUCACAAUCGAUCGCUCAAAAGCCAUCUUAUCGAUUAUAUGGGUUGCAUCCAUUCUGAUUGCCGUGGUAAUUUUUACCAUUCCGGACCAAUAUGAGAUGGUGAUACUGUUCCCUGGUUUUGCCAUCCCUGUCACUAUCAUGUGCGUCUGCUACAUUCGUAUCGUGAAAACGGCUCGCAUUGCAGGGCAGAAAGCUUUACCCGCAAAUCAAACAAAGCCGAAGAGUGACAAGACAUUGAGGAUGGUAUUAAUAGUCAUUAUUGUCUUCAUCAUUUCCUGGAUCCCAUCUUUAGUCAGCCGACUUUUAAAGUAUAUUGUUGACAUGUCGCCCUCUAGCUUGAGCCAUCUUGAAGUGUCUGCCUGUAUGGUGGCCUACGCUGCUAGUGCUGUUAACUUUAUCGUGUACGCAAUGAUGAGCCAUCGGUUCAAAAGAAAUAUUCUGCAGCGUUUUGGACUGCAGCAUUUAUUGGCUGAAAAGGGAAAAAAUGAGGCUACAAUAGGUGUCACCGCCAUUUCACGUUUUGAAAACAAAGUACAACCCAUGCACUCCAAUGUGUCGAUGUGCAGAGACGAUAACCAGCCAAGUAAAUAG